GGGGAUGGGACCCAAAAGACGUUUAUCCGUUGCUGAGCGACAGCAACGUGCGAACGCAGCAUCAGCACCUAAGAAACGUUCUACUACCGGUGGUAGUGCAAAUCAUUCGCCUGCUUCUCGUAAAACAAGCGCGACUGCAACUAGUGGAAGUACUUCAAGUGCUACAGCUACUGCUACAACGUCUCCCUCUAAAGAACCUCUUAAAACCAACUCACCGGCUAAGAAAUCUAACAAAAUUCUGGUUAAAGAGAAACCCGAAGAAAUUGUGGAACCUGCAAUAGAAAAGUUGGAUCCCAAGGAAAUCAAAAUUAAGGAGAAGUUUGAAGAGAAAAAGGCUACCACAAGAGCUUCUUCCCGCGAAAAUGUGAAAAGAGGUGCUAAUGAAGCAGAAGAUAAAGUAGAACCUGUAGCUAUACUAGCAGCCUCUAAAGAAGAUCUUAAAACUUUGGAUUCUAGCCACAAAGAAAAAGAGGAUAACAUUAGUUCCAACUCCAGCACUACUAGUAGCAGUUCUAAGCAACAGGAUAAAAAGGAUGGCAAACACAAAGCCAUUAGCAAAAUGCUUAAGAGUUUAGAUAUAAAAAUAAGUGGUUUUGAUAAUUUACUGCCCAAAGAGCAAAACAUUCAAGAGCUCGGUUUGAAAUCUUCUAUUUCGGAAAAUGUCAAAACUAAGUCGCGGGCAGCAGCAGUAAAAGUUAUAGCUUCCUUAAGUACGCCCAAACCGGUUAAAAGACCUAAAAAUCCUGAAGCAGAAGAGAGAAAGAAGGCAGCACAAAAACAAAACGAAAAAUCCAAAGAAAGCUCAAAAGUGUCCACCAAGGAAACGGGGAAAGAGACGGCUAAGGAUACUACCAAGAAUACGGAUAAAACUAGCCAUAGUCACAAAGCUAAAGUGGUAGAGAAGACGCUGGGCUAG